AUGAGCACUCGACCUGCGAGCACGAACGGCAAUGAGUCUUCUGAGACAGCGAUCCAUGUACAAAAAAUCUCCCCUCCUCCUUUGUUUGCGCAUGUGUGCCCGUAUAUCUAUCGGUCUGCAGAUCCAUCGACUUCGUCUGAUUCGUUUGCUUUCCUUGACACGCUGAGCCUCAAGAGCGUCGUGCUAUUGUCAAUUGAAUACCCAUCAAAACAGCUGGAGAUUUAUUGUGCAAGGAAUCAAAUCGAGCUAUAUCACUUCGGUAUCGAGCGACGGUGGCCCACACCCAAUUUACUCAACUAUGGGCAUUCUAAACCAUCAAGCAACCUGUUCUUAUCUUCUCACGAGAUCAACUCAUUUAGUGUCUUAGAGUCCAUCGUAAAAGAUGCAUUGGAGCUUCUGCUGGACGUUAGAAAUCAUCCUAUUCUUGUCACGGACAUCGAUAGCGCCAGUCAUAGUGCAAGUCAUAGCACAGUUUAUAGCGUCAACCAAUCGGAGUAA